UAUUUUUUUAUAUUUUAAUGAACAACUCAUAAAUUGACAUUUUUAAACAAUUAAUAUUAAUAAAAUUGAUAUUUAACGAUGAGUAGUAUAACAAAAAUUGCAUUUGAAGUACAAUUGUAUAAUACAACAAAUUUUUAUAUAGGGUUAGGCUUAGCAAUUAGUUCUAGUAUUUUUAUAGGAGCUAGUUUUAUUAUCAAAAAAAAAGCAUUGAUUCGACUUCAAAGACGCGGAGCACUACGAGCUUCAUCUGGAGGAUUUGGAUAUUUAAAAGAAUGGAUGUGGUGGACUGGUUUUUUAUCAAUGGGAAUAGGAGAAACAGCAAAUUUUGCUGCUUAUGCAUUUGCACCAGCAUCAUUAGUAACCCCGUUAGGAGCCCUUAGUGUUUUAAUAUCUGCAAUAUUAGCAUCAAAAUAUCUACAUGAAAAACUUAAUUUGCUAGGAAAGAUUGGUUGCCUUUUAUGUAUCUUGGGUUCUACAGUUCUUAUAAUUCAUUCUCCAAAGGAAGAAGAAAUCAGUACAUUAAAUGAACUUUUAGAUAAAGUUAAGGAUCCAGGAUACAUUGUUUAUAUAUUGACUGUGAUAAUAUGUAGUAUUUUAAUUAUUUUUUAUUUUGGUCCUAUAUAUGGAAAACAAAAUAUCAUAGUAUAUAUUUGUUUAUGUUCAUCUAUUGGUUCAUUGACUGUUACAAGUUGUAAAGGAUUAGGAUUAGCUUUGAAAGAAACUAUUUUUGGAUUUAGUAAUGGAUUUUCAAAUUGGUUAACAUGGGCUUUUUUAUUUAGUGUUAUACUUUGUGUUAGCAUACAAAUGAAUUAUUUAAAUAGAUCACUUGAUUUAUUUGAAACUACAAUUGUUACACCUAUUUAUUAUGUAUUUUUCACAACAUUAGUAAUAAUUGCAUCUGCUAUAUUAUUUAAGGAAUGGGAAAAUAUGAGUGCUGAAGAUAUUUUAGGAUCAUCUUGUGGUUUCUUAACUAUAAUAAUUGCAAUAUUUCUGUUAAAUGCAUUUAAAGAAAUGGAUAUAUCUUAUGAAAAUAUUAGACGUAUGUUACAGCCUAAACGAAAAUUGUUCAUAAAUAGUAACAAUCAAUGGAAUAACAGAGAUGAGGAAAGAUUAAUAACUAGACUGGAAACAGAAUUAAAUCAUACAUAUGGAGCUCAAGCUUUAACAAGAACUAUAUAAUUCUAUAAAUAUAUAAAAUAUAAAAAUAUGAAUAAUUUUUGUAUCAAAUUCAAUUUAUGACUGUAUAAAUAACAUAAAUAACUGUGUAAAUAUAUUUAUUAGAUAAUGCAUGCAAAUAUAUUUAUUAGAUAUUAAAAUAAAUCUAAUUAAUAUUCAUAA